CCGGCGGCAAUGGCGGAAUUCCUACUCGCCCUAAUACUCCUUUUCCCACUCUCCUCUUCAGCUCAGAACACUCCCGCCGGAACUGUACCCCUCGGAGCCUCUCUCACCGCCGACGGCACCUCCGAUCCAUGGCGGUCCCCCAACGGCGAUUUUGCAUUCGGCUUCCGGCAGCUCCCCGAUAACGACGAUCUCUUCAUACUAUCCAUAUGGUUCGAUAAAAUCCCCAAUAAAACCCUAGCCUGGUACGAAAGGACCAGCUUUCCGGUGCCGCGCCGCUCCACCGUCGUUCUCGACGCCGCCAACGGAAUUGUUCUCCGGAACCCUCAGGGGACGGUGCUCUUCCAAUCCAACGCCGUCAACGGCGGCGUCGCCGGCGGAUACAUGAACGACACCGGAAACUUUGUUCUCAGAAGAAGCGACUCUGCGACGGUUUGGGAAAGCUUCGACAAUCCGACGGACACCAUUCUGCCAGGUCAGAUCAUCCCGAUCGGCGGCGACCUGACCUCGCCUGCGACGGCGACCAAUUUCUCGCAAGGACGAUUCUACGCCAGAAUGAUUAGCGACGGGAACUUUGUCCUGAGCGUGAAAUCCUUCCCUUCCGGCACUGAAUUCGAUGAUGAUUAUUACAAUACCCCAACUUCCGACACAAGUCGAUCGAAUUCCGGGGUGCAGGUCGUCUUCUCCGACGAUGCUUCGCUUGCCGUCGUCGGACCGAACGGAACUUCGUUAUUCAAACUUACCUCUAAUUUGAUUCCCUCAGCUGCAGACAAUUACUACAGAGUAACUCUCGAUUUCGACGGAAUUCUGACGCAGUAUUAUCAUCCCCGCAACUUCACCGGCGCUCCGGCGUGGGGAACCGCCGAUUCCUGGCCGGGAAACAUCUGCACCGGAAUCAAGGCGGGAACCGGCAGCGGCGCGUGCGGCUACAACAGCAUAUGCAAAAUGGAGAACCGCCGCCCUGUCUGCCAGUGUCCGCCGCAGUUCUCGUUGGCCGAUCCGACCAACGCCUACGGCGAUUGCUUGCCGAAUUACGAUCAGUUCUGCGUCGCCGGCGAUCGUCAAUCCUCGCCGGAAAACUACGAAAUGUCAAACAUUUCCGACGUUGAUUGGCCAUUCAACGAUUACUUUAGCCUGAAGCCGAGCACCGCCGAUCAGUGCUACAGCCUCUGCCUCAGCGACUGCUUCUGCGGCGCCGCGAUUUUCCGAAGCAAUCAAUGCUGGAAGAAGCGGCUGCCGCUCUCCAACGGCGCCGUCGACACUUCCCUCGGUGCCACCGCCUUUCUCAAGGUAAAAAAAGGCGACAAUCCUAACCGUCCAUCUUCCGACCGGACGAAGACUAAAGACAGAGGAACCUUAAUCCUCGUUGGAUCAAUCCUCCUCGGAAGCUCGGCUUUCAUCAACGUCCUAUUGAUCGCCGCCGUCUUCCUCGGACUCUUCCUUAUCUACAAAAGAAAGUCAAAAACCUCGGUUCGCGCCGCUCCCAGAUCGAAUCUCUAUUGCUUCACUUACAAAGAUCUCUUCGACGCCACAACGGGGUUCGCCAAAGAGGUCGGGAGGGGCGCAUUCGGGAUUGUGUACAAAGGAGAAAUGAUUGUCAACGAUUCUAAAACGAUGGUAGCAGUGAAGAAAUUAAACCAAGCGUCGCACGACUCCGAGAAAGAGUUCAAAACCGAGGUCGACGUAAUCGGCCUAACUCAUCACAAGAAUUUAGUCCAACUCAUUGGAUUUUGCAACGAGGGCCCGAACCGGCUCCUCGUCUACGAGUAUAUGAGCAACGGGGCAUUAUCGAGCUUCCUUUUCGGCGAAUCGAAACCCGGGUGGAUCCAAAGGUCGAACAUCGCGCUAGGCGUUGCCCGGGGGCUAACAUACUUACACGAAGAAUGCGCGACUCAGAUAAUCCACUGCGACAUAAAGCCGCAGAACAUACUCCUUGACGACAACUACAACGCGCGUAUUUCCGACUUCGGAUUAGCGAAACUCCUGAUGAUGGACCAAAGCCGAACGACGACGAACAUCCGGGGCACGAGAGGGUACGUCGCGCCGGAGUGGUAUCGGAACAUUCCGGUGACGGUGAAAGUCGACGUGUACAGCUUCGGGGUGCUGCUGCUCGAGAUUGUGACGUGCCGAAAGAGCGUGUAUCCGAACAUGGAAUUCAGCGACGCAGAGAAUGUGAUAUUAAUCGAUUGGGUUGUCGAUUGCUUCACGGAGAGAGCCAUCGGAACUCUUGUCGGGGACGAGGAGGAGGCGAUGAACGACGGCGGCGGAGAGCGGGUGGAGAGGUUUGUGAUGGUGGCGAUUUGGUGCGUGCAAGAAGAUGCGUCGUUGAGACCGACGAUGAAGGAAGCUUGUCUGAUGCUGGAAGGUGCAAUGGCCGUUGAGGUGCCGCCAUGUCCUUACCCGAUUUUCUCUGCGACUACGUCUGUUGUUUGAGGAAGAUUUUGUUUAAUUAAAUCAAUCAACGGUUGGGAUCAUCGUGGGGAUUAUUGCUAAAAUAAUUUUAUAUGUCGUAUUGUGUUACUGUUAAUACGCAGUAUGUGUUUGUCAACGUUGUUGUCAAGUUCAAUAGUAAUAAAAUAUUAAUGAUGUCA